AUGGGACUUGAUGUCGUUCAACUGACUAGGGAUAUUGUGGCGAUUAAUUCCGUUAGCCAGCGGAGCAAUGAGGAGGUCUCGGAUCUCCUUGAAAAUACGCUAAAGCGAUGUGAGUUUGAGGUCGAGCGUCUAGAAUACGUCGAUGACAAUGGCGAGCGAAAGGUGAGUCUAGUAGGGAAGAAGGGAGAAGGUUCUGAUGGUUUCGGACUGUUUUCCCACUCCGACACUGUUCCCGGUUUGGAGGGGGAGUGGGACCCAUUCGACCCAGUAAUUCAAGAUGGUCGCCUUUUUGGUCGUGGCAGUUGUGAUAUGAAGGGCCCGAUGGCUGCGACAAUUACUGCGGGUGCCCAGAUUAAAUGCCGCCGAUUUGAAGAAACCAUUCUAUAUUGUCAUCACGGCGGACGAAGAAGUUAG